UUAGAACUAAAAACGACACCGUUUCAAAACUAAACGCUUCACACUGACUCAAAACUUUGACCCAUUUUCCAAACCCUAGCCAAACCUUCACCAUCUUCAUCUUCCUCAAAAUUCAUCUCUUUCUCUCUCUAAAUCUUCACUCUCUCUCGUCAAUUUCCUCAAUUCACCUCUCUCUCUUCGCAAUUUUCACUCAUCAAACCCUAAUUCAUCUUAUCCCCUUGUUUCUCUCUCUUCAUCACCAAACCCUAAUUCACAAAAAAAAUCACAUUUUUCACUUCUUCAUGGCUUCUUCUUCAAUCAGUGGAUCUUCCUGAAUCCAGAUCGAGGUAAACAUUACUUAAUUCAGAAUCAAAAUCAGUGAUUUUGGUUCUUUCCAUUUUGGUAACAGAAUUUUUACGAAGUAGUUUUCACACUUGAAUUUGUUGUGAUAUAGGUACCCUUUUGGUCUAUGAUUGAUAAUAUUGCAUAAAGUUUAGAUUUUUUUCAUCUGGGUCUUGAAGAUUUGAAUUUUUAGGGUUUCGACCCUUUUGUUGAUUAGAUUUGGAUAGUGAUGUCUGUGAACAAUAAUAACAACCCUUCUAAAGGCAUUGGUGCUUCUUCAUCAUCCUUUGGUAAUGCUGGAAUGCCCUCUAAUUCUAUGUCUACAAACCCUGUUUUUUCACAAGCCCAAGCCCAAGCCCAGGCUCAAGCUCAAGCUCAAGCCCAAAUGGCUGCUGGUUUUCAAGGCCAGUUUCCACAGUCACAAGCCCAUGCUAUAGUUCAAGCACAAAAUAAGGCUCAGGCUCAAGCUCAGGCUCAUGCACAAGCUGCAGCAGUAGCUCAUGCUCAGCUCCAGGCUCAUUUGCAAGCUCAAGGGUUGAGUCUUAAUCAGAAUCAGGUUGGUGGUUUAGGGAAUUUAGGUGUUUCGUCGUCGUCGAUGUCUACGCCUGGGAGUGGCAGUGCGAAACGUGGUCCUUUGAAACCACCUAUGAGGCCGGUUGGAUUUCCGCCUCAGAAUAAUUUCUCACCGUUGAGACCAAUGGAACUCACGCCUGCUGCUGCACGGAGAAAGAAGCAGAAGCUUCCUGAGAAACCGAUGCAGGAAAGGGUGGCUGCUAUAUUGCCGGAAUCUGCUCUUUAUACACAGCUUCUCGAGUUUGAGUCUCGUGUGGAUGCUGCACUUUCUAGAAAGAAGGUUGAUAUUCAGGAAGCGCUGAAAAAUCCGCCUUGUAUUCAGAAAACUCUUCGUAUUUAUGUAUUUAACACUUUUGCGAACCAAAUUCGCACGAUACCUAAGAAGCCAAAUGCCGAGCCUCCGACGUGGACACUGAAGAUAGUUGGGAGGGUAUUGGAAGAUGGUGUUGACCCUGAUCAGCCGGGAGUAGUUCAGAAGUCGUCACCGAUGUAUCCAAAGUUCUCGGCUUUCUUUAAAAAAGUAAUCAUUACUUUGGAUCCGAGGCUAUAUCCUGAGAACAACACUAUUAUGUGGGAUAGUUAUCGAUCACCUGCUCCUCAAGAAGGUUUUGAAGUGAAGAGGAAAGGGGAUAAAGAGUUUUCGGUGAAUAUACAGUUUUAUAUGAAUUAUGCACCUGAGAAGUUUAAGCUUUCACCAGCAUUGACGGAAGUUCUUGCUAUCGACGUUGAUACUCGUCCAAGAAUUAUUGCUGCAAUAUGGCACUAUGUGAAGGCUAGGAAACUGCAGAACCCUAGCGACCCUUCUUUUUUUCACUGUGAUCAGCCUCUUCAGAAAGUAUUUGGGGAAGAAAAGGUGAAGUUCACAACGGUUUCGCAGAAAAUAUCACCACAUUUGUUCCCUCCACCACCUAUAGUUGUGGAGCAUCAGAUCAAACUAUCGGGAAAUAGUCCAGCUGGGAGUGCUUGUUACGAUGCGAUGAUUGAUAUUCCUUUUCCUAUUCAAAGGGAGUUGUCUGCACUAUUGGCAAAUGUUGAGAAGAACAAAGAGAUUGAAACAUGUGAUGAAUCGAUAUGUGGAAUCAUUAGAAAAAUCCACGAGCAUCGUAGGAGACGGGCAUUCUUUCUUGGUUUCAGUCAAUCUCCAGUAGAAUUUAUUAAUGCCUUGAUUGAGUCUCAAAGCAGGGAUCUGAAAGCUGCAGCUGGAGAACCUAGUCGCAGUGCUGAAAAAGAGCGCCGAGCAGAUUUUUUCAACCAACCAUGGGUUGAAGAUGCUGUUAUUCGAUAUUUGAAUCGCAAACCAGCUGCAGGAAGUGAUGCUCCAGGAAGCACAUGAUACCUAGAGAAGUCCCAGUGCUCCUUAUUUUGAAAUCAUUCAUCCUUUUAUGCUAUUCAUUUCAAUAUAAAUCAAGGGAAUUCUUAAGUAAGCUAGUUUUCCAUCUUCCAUGCCGUAUUUGUGAAUACUGCUCCAUAGCAUAUGGAUCCUAUGAGCACCGCAACUAGUUGCAGUGCUGAUAAUUUAUCAGAUUGUUAGGAGAAAGAUGGUAGCAUCAUAGUUUCAUGUUUCGGUAGUUGUUGUAGUAGUCCACAAUGAUGGAUUCUUUGGUUACUUUGACAUCAUGAAAAAUUUGUAUUAGGAAGGAUUAAUUUGUGUACAAUAUCUUCGGUUGUCUUGUUUGUGACACAACACAGGUGAAGAGAAAAACUUGUGCUGUAUGCCAUGAUUGUGUUACAAUCAAUCUGUGAUCUGUUGAAGUAUGUAGUAAUGUUAUGAAAAUAAUACAUAUAAAUUUGAGCUUCUUUUUUCAAUGCACUUCAA